CGCUUUGAGGUAGUUGUAGGCUUGUAGCUGCCAACCCCUUUUUAUCGCCAUUAAAUCCCCAAUAUAUAACCACCCCCUCACCCCACACCAAACAUCAUCUUCUUCAUCGCAUUUUUCACUUGUCUUCCCCAAAACAGAACGGAAAUAUCAAAAUUCUCAGGUAGAGAGAGAGAGAGAGAGCAUAUAUCAGAAUGGCCCCUACUCCUACUACUCUGACCGCCAUAGCGGGGGAGAAGACCCUCCAACAGAGCUUCGUCCGCGACGAAGACGAGCGCCCCAAGGUGGCCUACAACCAAUUCAGCAACGAAAUUCCGAUCAUUUCCCUCUCCGGCAUCGAAGAGGUCGACGGCCGCCGCGCUGAGAUAUGCAAGAAGAUCGUCGAGGCCUGCGAGGACUGGGGCGUUUUCCAGAUUGUUGAUCACGGCAUCGACUCCAAGCUCAUCUCGGAAAUGACCAGUCUCGCCAGAGAGUUCUUCGCUCUGCCGCCGGAGGAAAAGCUCCGGUUCGACAUGACCGGUGGCAAAAAGGGUGGCUUCAUCGUCUCCAGCCAUUUACAGGGAGAGGCGGUGCAGGACUGGCGCGAGAUUGUGACCUACUUCUCAUACCCGGUGCGCCACCGCGACUACUCGAGGUGGCCGGACAAGCCGGAGGGAUGGAGAGAUGUGACCAAGCAGUACAGUGACGAGCUGAUGGGCUUGGCAUGCAGGCUAUUGGAGGUCUUAUCAGAGGCCAUGGGUUUAGAGAAGGAGGCAUUGACCAAGGCGUGCGUGGACAUGGACCAAAAGGUUGUGGUGAAUUACUACCCGAAAUGCCCCCAACCGGACCUCACUCUCGGACUCAAGCGCCACACAGAUCCGGGUACAAUUACCCUUUUGCUCCAGGACCAAGUCGGUGGACUUCAGGCCACCAGGGACGGCGGAAAGACGUGGAUCACCGUUCAACCUGUGGAAGGAGCCUUUGUGGUCAACCUUGGAGAUCAUGGACAUUUUCUGAGCAAUGGGAGGUUCAAGAACGCCGAUCACCAGGCGGUGGUGAACUCGAACCACAGCAGGUUGUCCAUAGCCACAUUCCAGAACCCGGCUCAGGAGGCAAUAGUCUACCCACUUAAGGUCAGGGAAGGAGAGAAGCCUAUUCUGGAGGAGCCAAUCACUUACACUGAGAUGUACAAGAAGAAGAUGAGCAAGGACCUUGAGCUAGCCAGGCUGAAGAAGCUUGCAAAGGAACAAGUUCAGGACCAGGAGAAAGCCAAACUUGAGGCCAAGCCAGUGGAUAAUAUUUUUGCCUAAGUGUGCCUAUCUCUGUUAUUUAUGACUAGUGUGAGUGAGUGGUUUGGGGGCUAAGCACUGGUAGAAGUAUGGUCAAAUCUGAGCGGGGGUAUGCUCCCUUAUGUAUGUUCAAUUGGUUAUGAACUGAAAUGAAUAGGUCAAAAAUAAAAUAUUUGAUUCUGUAUGAUUAUGUUUUCUGAUCCAAA